ACAAUUGGCCAAUAAUACGGUGUUUGUGUGGCUGUUACAACGUGAAAUUUGCAAUAGGAUCGUCUAGUAGAAGGUUGAUGAUUCAAUGACAAAAACCGUGGUCGUCCGGGACUUCUCAUCAGUAGCCUCUGAAUACUCGGUGGGUUGAGACUAAAAAUUUACGAAAUAAAAAAAAAAUAACAUACUGGUGCCUGUGAAAGUGAUCUGUUAGAGAUGUUUCUGCAUUUGAGGAACUUCAAUCCGUUUGCUGUGAACUUCUCGCGGCGUUUCAAGCAUACGGGCAAAGUACUGGCAAUCCGGAGAGAGGAUCAGUCUGUGUGGGAAAGAAGAGCUCCCUUUAAUCCAAGUCAUGUUAAACGCCUCACGAAAAAGGGCAUCAAGGUCAUUGUGCAGCCUUCCAAUCGACGAUCCUACCCAAUGCAGGCAUAUUUGAAUGCUGGAGCUGUGGUUCAGGAGGACAUUAGUGAAGCUUCUGUGAUUUUUGGGGUGAAACAAGUACCUGUAGAUCAGCUAAUUCCCUCAAAAACCUACUGCAUCUUCUCGCACACGAUCAAGGCACAGGAGACUAAUAUGCCCCUGUUGGAUGCUAUCCUGGAGAAGAACAUUCGCUUGCUCGACUAUGAGAAGAUCAUGGACGAAAAUGGACAGAGACUUGUAGCUUUCGGAAAGUACGCCGGCGUAGCUGGAAUGGUGAAUAUCCUGCACGGUCUGGGACUUCGUCUCCUAGCUCUUGGUCACCAUACUCCCUUCAUGCACGUGGGUCCGGCUCACAACUACCGAAAUUCUUCAAUGGCUCGCCAGGCGAUCCGAGAUUGCGGCUAUGAGAUUUCUCUGGGUAUGAUGCCAAGUUCCAUUGGUCCAUUGACUUUUGUCUUCUCGGGGUCAGGGAAUGUUUCUCAGGGGGCACAAGAGGUGUUUGCCGAGUUGCCAAUUGAAUACGUACCCCCAGAGAUGAUACAGAAAGUAUCUGAGCAUGGAAAUCAGAAUAAAUUGUACGGCUGCGAAGUGAGUCGAGCUGAUCACUUGGAACGCCGUGAGGGAGGCGGAUUUGAUCCUCAAGAGUACGAACAGUACCCUGAGCGAUACAUUUCAACGUUCAGUCGAAAGAUUGCACCGUUUGCAUCGGUCAUCAUCAAUGGGAUUUACUGGGCUGUGGGCAGUCCAAAGCUUAUGACCAUUCCCGAUGCCAAGAAUCUUCUCAGGCCUGCCAAUACGCCGUGGUUGCCAACGAGUAGGGGCGCUCCAGCCCUUCCCCACCGAAUGCUGGCCAUUUGUGAUAUCUCUGCAGAUCCAGGUGGCUCAAUUGAAUUCAUGAAUGAGUGCACAACUAUCGACACACCCUUCUGCCUCUAUGAUGCAGAUAGGAAUAAGGAUACAAAGAGUUUCAAAGGUCCUGGAGUACUUGUCUGUUCCAUUGAUAACAUGCCCACACAACUUCCACGAGAAUCAACGGAUUUUUUCGGUGAUCUCCUCUACCCAUUCACAAUGGACAUCUUGCAGAGUGAUGCAACAAAACCCCUGGAUGCUCAUAAUUUCUCCGAACCGGUUUAUGGGGCUUUAAUCACCAGCAAUGGAAGAUUAACGCCCAACUACGAGUAUAUCAGUGAAUUGCGUGAGAGCUCCCGAUCUCGUCACAAGAGUGAAUGCUCCAUGGAGGGAAAAAAGAGUGUUCUGGUCCUAGGAGCUGGCUUUGUGUCAGCACCACUUGUGGAGUAUCUCCAUCGUGAUGAUAAGCUCAGUAUUAGGGUAUGUUCGCAUCUGAAGGAGGAGAGUGAUCGCCUGGCAGAUCGCUAUCCUGGUGUUGACAGCCUAUACCUAGAUGUGCACGAUAAUAAGGAUCAUUUGGCUGAAUUGUGUGCAGAGAGUGAUCUCGUUGUCUCAUUACUGCCCUAUUCCCUCCAUGGACUUGUGGCCAAGCACUGUGUUCAAGGAAAUACUCAUCUGGUCACGGCUAGUUACCUCAAUGAUGAAGUCUCUGCUCUCGAUGAAGAGGCUAAAGCUGCCGGUGUAACUUUGAUGAAUGAAGUGGGGCUUGAUCCGGGAAUUGAUCACUUCCUUGCCCUCGAUUGCAUCCAUAAUGUGCAGAAACAAGGCGGCGUUAUUGAGUCAUUCGUCAGUUACUGUGGAGGUCUUCCAGCACCUGAAAACUCGGACAAUCCCCUGCGGUACAAGUUCUCCUGGUCUCCACGUGGAGCCCUACUCAAUACCUUGUCAGCCGCUAAGUAUAUCAGCAAAGGACAAUUGGUUGAGAUAUCUGGUGGUGGAGAUCUCAUGUCAGCACCGAAGGAUCUGACUUUCUUGCCAGGAUUCGCUCUGGAGGGAUUUCCCAAUCGGGAUUCCACAAAGUAUUCCCAUCUAUAUGGAUUGGGUACGCAGGUUCAUACGUGUCUUCGAGGAACAAUUCGAUACAAGGGAUUCUCGGAGUGUAUCAAGGAAAUGCAACUUCUUGGGCUGAUUGAUACUGAACCACAUACAAUGCUCCAUCCCAAUGGUCCUGAGAUCACAUGGAGACAGUUGAUUGUGAGUCUUUUGGGUCUCACUGACACUAGCAUCUUCUAUGAGAACCUCAAGCAAAAACUGGUCGACAGGAUUGGCAGCAGUGCUGGAAUUGAGCAAUUAGGGCUUUUGGAGGAUAUUCCUGUGAAGAAAAUGGGCACCCCUCUAGACACUCUCAGUCACUAUCUCUCCUCCAAGCUGGCUUUCACGGAAACGGAGCGGGAUCUUGUGAUCCUGCGCCAUGAGGUUGGGAUUCGUUGGAAUGAUGGCCGAAGGGAGGAACGUGGCAUCAAUUUUGUCGUCUACGGGCAGCCUUCUCACAAGGGAGGUCACUCUGCCAUGGCUCUAACUGUUGGAUUCCCAGCUGCUAUUGCUGCCAAGAUGAUCCUCGAUGGUGAGAUUCAACACCGAGGCGUUGUCCUACCCUUUACACCAGACAUCUACCGUGCCCUUUUGACUCGUCUGGAAGCAGAAGGACUUGUGGCUACUGAAACCAGUAAACCCCUCUAAUUCACACCUGUAAGUCUGUUCGAAUGAUACCUGUUGAUGGAAUCAAUUACCUGACUAAAAGUAAUGUAGAUAAGAAUAGGAUUUUUGAAUAAUACUGGUUUUGUCAUUAAAAUUCUCUACUUAAGUUUAUUUCUGUUUUGCAAAGAAAAUUUUGUCUUAGUGCCAUUUUAUUGUUGUAAUUUUGUUGUAAUUUUCAUAGGAAAGUGUUAUAAAAUUUAUAAAAGCAAAGUUUUGGUAAUACUGCAAUAAAUAAUAAAGUAUAUUUGAUUUUAA